AUGGCCGCCACACCAAGGGACCAACUGGACGUCAUAAUUAUUGGCGCUGGCCUCAGCGGUCUUCGUGCAGCAAGGGAAAUCCACGCCGCAGGCUUGACCUAUGUCGUCCUUGAAGCAAUGGAUCGCGUAGGCGGCAAGACGCUCUCUGUCCGGGCAUCUCCCAAUGGCAAUGGCGUUGUAGACCUGGGUGCUGCCUGGAUCAACGACACCAACCAGUCUGAAAUAUAUUCGCUAGCGAAAGAGUUCCAGUUCGAUCUUGUCAAGCAACGUGACCAAGGCGAGUCUGUUGCCAGAAAUUUGGAGGGACAGGUUGACAAAAUUCCCCACGGCAUGCUAGCAAAGAUGGAACCCGAACAACUUGAACAAGUCAUGCAGCUUCUGCAAGCACUUGGCGAACUUGCCGAACAAAACAACCUAGACAAUCCUAAUGCUACACCCAAUGCCGAAGCGCUAGACUUAGUAUCUCUUCACGAAUUCGUGGCGAACGAGUUCAAGGACGACGGCGUAAGUAUGCUGGUCAACGAAAUGUCUAAGUCUCUCGUCGGUCUGGAAAGUAGCGAAAGCAGCGCACUAUACUUUUUGGAUACCAUUAAGCGUGCCACUGGGCUUGCAAACAUCAUUUCCGAUGGGAAGAAUGGUGGGCAAUACUUGCGGAAUCGUCAAGGAAACCAAUCGUUUAGUAUCAAGAUGGCGGCAGACUUGAUACCAGGUAGCGUCAAGCUUUCUGCGCCAGUGAGAAGCGUAAGCCAAUCCCAAGAUGGAUGUAUCGUCGAAACGAAGACGGGAGACAAGUACACUGGAAAAAAGGUUAUCGUAUCUCUCCCAUCGUGUCUACUCCCGUCGAUUCAAUUCUCUCCCGAACUACCUGCACCGAGACAGCGUCUGAGCCAAUCCACCAAGCUGGGAUACUACGCGAAGACUAUUCUCGUGUAUGCCGAACCGUGGUGGCAUCAUGCCGACUUGUCAGGAACUUACACAUCAACUGGCACUGCCAUUUCAUUCACCCGUGACAGCUCCGUUCCUGAAGACAAUCAAUAUAGCCUUACUUGCUUCCAUGCCGGAGACACAGGACGAAGUUGGUCAGGACAAUCCGCCGAGGACCGUCAAGCCACUGUUCUCAAAGAGAUCCAGAAUGCCUUUGAAGCGGCAACUGGGGCACGCAUUCCCGAACCUAUCAAUGUCAUUGAGAAGGAAUGGGUAAAAGAUCCUUGGGCACUGGGGGCUCCUAGUGCGGUGAUGCCGCCCGGAGUGUUUACCAGCGACGCAGGCAAGACGCUGUGUGAGCCAUAUGGCAAUGUACACUUCAUUGGGACAGAGACGGCGGAUGUUUGGAGGGGAUAUAUGGAUGGUGCGGUUCGUUCUGGAAUCCGGGGUGCGAAGGAGGUCAUUCAUACGUUGGGCAAGUCGACUCAGGGGCGAAAUCUGGCUCGCGGACAACUGUAG